AAACCUCGGCCAUUGCCUUUGGUUUGGAAAAAAUGGCAAACGCGGUUCAUUGCAUCCUAUCCGCGUAACCAAACAAGCAUCAUCAUCAUCGCGUUAAAUUAAAACCGUAAAAAAAAAAAAAAGAAAAAAAAAGAAGAGAAAUCGAAGAGGAGAGGUUUCUCUUCUGAGUCUUCUCUUUCUAACAGCCGACCCGAGCAAACGGAAGACGUCGAAGACGGCCUGAGCUGAGCCCAGCAGCCCUAGGCGCCCAAAUUCCGCCCCAAUUUCUUCUCAUUUCUAAUCUGAAAGGGGUUAUGAUUUGUUGAGGCUGCCUUAAUUCUUUAAGCGCAUUGUUGCGUGGUUAAUAAUUGCUUAAUAGUUGUCAUAGAACUUUCAUGAGACAAUAUGGAGAUACAGACUUGUGGGAAACCGAUUGACUCAUUGUUAGAGAAGGUGCUUUGUAUGAACAUUCUGUCUUCUGAUUACUUCAAAGAGCUUUACCGCUUGAAGACAUACCAUGAGGUGAUUGACGAAAUCUAUAAUCAAGUUGACCAUGUGGAGCCAUGGAUGACGGGGAACUGCCGCGGUCCCUCGACCGCGUUUUGCCUUCUCUACAAGUUUUUCACUAUGAAGCUGACUGUCAAGCAAAUGCACGGGUUGUUAAAGCACACUGAUUCUCCGUAUAUUAGAGCGAUUGGAUUCCUCUAUUUGAGAUAUGCUGCGGACCCAAAGACGCUGUGGACUUGGUUUGAACCAUAUGUUAGAGAUGAAGAGGAAUUCUCUCCAGGAUCCAGUGGACGAAUGAGCACAAUGGGUGCUUACGUGCGUGAUCUGCUUCUUGGACAGUACUAUUUUGAUACUCUCUUUCCGCGAAUCCCUGUUCCUGUAAUGCGCCAGAUUGUGGCUGAUCUUGAGAAGAUGAAGCUUCCUUCCAAGCAUUCUGGUGUGACAGGGGAUUCCACCCGACAUGGAUCCGACGAUACUGCCCGUCGUCCCCCGUCAGUGAAAGCUGCGCUUUCUGUCUCUUUUGGUCAACGUGCUCCUCACCGUGCAUCAACAAGAGACUCCUCACCUGUACGUCGUAAUCUACCACCACCACCACCACCACCACCAUCUCAUGACAGAUCCAGCAGUGAUGAUCUACGAAGCCGUCGCAGCCAGAGCCGUGAAUAUUCUGACAGGGAAUAUCCAGAGCGGGAUAGAGAAAGAGAGCGGGAUGGAGACAGGGAUAGGGACAGGAAUCGGGAUCGUGAAAGGGACAGGGACCGGGAACGGGAAAGGCGCAGGGAAAAGGAGCGGGAUCGAGACAGGGACAGGGACAGAGACAGAGACAGGGGCCGAGACUACAGGGACAGAGACAGAGAACGGGACAGGGACAGAGAACGGGACAGGGACAGGGACAGAGAACGUGAGCGGGAUAGAGAAUCGAGUUAUGAUUAUGAUCGAGGGUCUAGGUAUGCGGAGAGAGAAGGGCGAAGGGACUUUGAGAGAAGUAGUCAUCAUGGUAGCAGGGAUUAUCCUAGACGAAGCCGGAGCCCAAGCAGGAGCAGGAGCCAAAGCUUGCAAGCUGGGAUUGCAGCUAAUUCGAGCCCACCAAGGGAUGCUAACAAGGAGAAGACUUCGGCUUCCAGCAACCUAGCAAAGAUUAGAGACUUGUAUGGCGAUUUAGCCACUCAAAAAGGCGAUGGUGGCGCUGACAGGGCUCCGAGAAGCAGUGGUGGUGAAGAGGUUAUUAGACUUGGUGGUUCUACUUGGAAAUAGUUCAUUAGAAUUUCUCAGAGCAAUUUCCUUUAUCGGAUGCGAUGACCAGAGUUUUCCAUUUGGAUCAAGAAAGUAGAAAAAAAUCUUUCUUGAUUGUGGUUGUCUUCAUAAAAAAAGACAUUAGAGAUGGAUAUCAAUGGACGAACACAUGUAUUUGCUGCAUGUAUACUAAAGAUUUUUUUCAGUAUAACUUUUAUUUAGUGACCUCAUGCUUGUACUUUGCAUCUGGGAUGCUUGUAAUGUUGCUGAUUAUUUCAUUUUCACCAAACACUUCUGGAUAAACUUCAGAUUGGAUAUUUGAUUAUAGUGACCGAUUGUGCUGAGCAAGUGCCUAAA